UCAAAUGAGGUCUUAGCUAGUCAUUUUUGGUCUGAAUCAGCAAAAAAAAAAGAAAAAAAGAAACAUUAGUCUUCUGUAGGUGUUGUAAUUCUCUGGUGUUGGUUUAUGAAAAUUAUUAACGCAAUGGUUACCAAUAAUUAAUGCUGUGUAAUGCCUUUGAAGAUAUGAAUUGCUUUUGUUUUUCAGGAAAUAAUUACUAGUAAUAAGCAGAAACUAUAAUGUUGAUGAGACCUUAAAAUGAUGUGGAAAACUGAACACAGAGUGUUGGACAAUCUUUUUCUUAAUGAAUGUUGUUUUUCCAAUAUUUUUCCAGAUGAAUGGUUGAGUAAUGGGGUUGUGGACUAUUAAUGCCAAUAAUUAUAUGAUCUAAGGUUACAAUGUGAAAAUGUAUGAUUGAUGGAUAUGUAUGAUCUGGUUUUCUGUCGUGUCACAUGCUUGGUUAUUUAACAUAUUGUCAUCAUUGACACAUGAAUUCAUGUGAAAGCAUUUUUUACAGAUCUGGUACUUGAUUUCUGUUCUAGACAUUAUUGAGUUCUACAUUUUGUCCUAGAAGAUUAAUAGAGAUGAAUAGAGUGAGUGAGAAGGUUUUCAAAAUAUAUACAGCAUUAUAAAGAUUAAAAAAACAGCCCAAUACUAUCUAUAUGUACAUCUAUCAGAAGAUUCAGAACACUAUAUAGGAGAUCCCUUGAGCCCCACUUGUUUUUUUGAUAAUUAUUUACUUUUUUAAGCUUCGGUUGUCACUGCACAUAUUUGUGAACAUUUUUAUUCCACCACUUCACUAUAACCAAAUGCAAAAUUUCUACUUGAACUUAAUCUCAUAAAGAGGUGCUGCCUGUCAUUGAUUUCAGAAAGGAGCAAUGCCGUUAGAGUUAUCCUUUCGGCAGUUACUCUAGCAUUUCUCAUGUCUUGUUUGAUGUGUUUAGUCAAGUGAUCUCUACGUACACUUUCUCUGCAAUUCUGGUAAGCUGGUAUAGGCAGUGUUGCUGCCCAUAUCACAGGAUUUAGGGCUGUACUGGUAUUGGCGCCUAGUAAUUCCAAGCUGAUCUUUGUGUACUAGCCAUUUGAUACAGCAUUUAAGGACAAGGACGCUUGGGUCUUCAACAAGUGAAUUCUGAGGCCUGUGUUACCAGAUGGUGCCCAAUAGAGGGAAGAGAAGUAUAUUGCUUCUUGUACUCUUUUGCGUCAAUGCAUCAGGUGCAUUCGUUGGAAUAAAUGUUGGCACCAGCAUAUCCAACCCGCCUCCAGCAUCAGACAUUGUAGCCAUUCUCAAAGAAAAGCAAAUCAGACAUGUACGCUUAUUUGAUGUGGACCACGAAAUGCUGAAUGCCCUUGCAAACACCGGUAUAGAAGUUAUAGUUGGGGUGCCGAAUGACCAACUACUACGCGUAGGACAAUCUCGGUCCGAAGCAGCUGAUUGGAUUAACAAGAAUGUGGCGGCCUAUAUUCCAGCGACUAACAUCACAUACAUUGCUGUUGGCAAUGAAGUCCUUACCACUAUCCCCAAUGCAGCUCUUGUUCUUAUUCCGGCCUUGCAAUUCCUCCAAUCUGCUCUCCUGGCUGCCAAUCUUAAUUCCCAGGUGAAAAUUUCAAGCCCCCAAUCAAUCGACAUGAUACCCAAAUUUUUCCCUCCAUCUACAGCCACCUUCAAUUCGACUUGGAACUCGAUCAUGAAUCAGUAUCUUCAGUUCUUGAAGAAUUAUGGCUCUUCCUUCAUGCUAAAUGCACAAACAUACUAUGCUUACACCAAAGGGCAAGGCAUAUUCCCUUUGGAUUUUGCUCUUUUUCAAGCACUUAAUCCCAACAACCAGGUUGUUGAUCCUAACACAAAUCUCUACUAUACCAACAUGUUCGACUCAAUGGUUGAUGCAGCUUAUUAUUCCAUGCAAGCGCUGAAUUUCACUGGUAUUCCUGUAAUUGUUACUGCUUCUGGGUGGCCAUGGUUCGGUGGGUCAAAAGAGCCGGAUGCAACGGUCGAUAAUGCAUUGGCCUACAAUAGCAAUCUUAUUAAGCAUGUAUUGAAUGGUUCAGGGACGCCUAGUCAACCAACUGCCCAAAUCAACACAUAUAUUUUCGAGCUGUUUAAUGAGGAUCUCCGGCCUGGGCCUAUUUCAGAGAAGAACUGGGGAAUUAUGUAUCCGAACAAGACCGCCUUGUAUACUUUGUCAUUUGAACACCCGGAUGAGUCUGAUGGCGACUCAACAGGAUUGGUUGGGGUGUUCUGUGUUGCGAAUUCAAGCGCACCUGCCAUUGCUUUGAAGCAAGGGUUGGAUUGGGCAUGUGGGCCUGGUUCGGCAAACUGCAGUGCUAUUCAGCCUGGGCAGCCGUGCUAUGACUCGAACAACAUUGCAGCUGUUGCUUCGUAUGCGUACAAUGAUUAUUACCAUAGAACUCAAGCAAAUGGUGGGACAUGCAAUUUCAAUAACACAGCUAUGAUAACCACUACCGAUCCUAGUCAUGGUUUGUGCAUCUUCGCAGGAAGAUCGGGAUCAAGCAAGGGCGGGGGUAUAUCUCCCGGUUCAGCUUUAGGGCCUAUAAGCCCGACUAAUCUUGCUUCUGCAUUUCAACUUUGCUGGCUUAGUUACCUAGUUACAGUUUUGUUGCUACUUUUAUUUUACUACUAAGAUUAAGGUAAUUUUAAAUUGAGUUUUGGGAUGAAACUGGUGAACUAGUCAUGGAUCUUACUUGCCAUGCCAAAGUAAUUUUGACAGUUGCAUUUGCAUUCAAUCAAUUCAGUCAGAUAGUGGAAAUGCUUAUUUGCA